AUGGAUGUCGACAAUCCAAAUAACCCCCCGUCACGCGAUCCUCGCCUCAAGCCAGCGCCAGCCAGGACAGCCUCUCUAGAUACUGGCAUGUUGGGUUCUCCUAAUGGUCAUAAGUUGGGCGUAGUGCCACCGAACAAUUCUCCGCCUAUUGACAGGCAAGAUGGGCCUCCUGGAGAUCAAUUUGUUCGCGCCGUCUCAGAAUUGAUCAAAGCUGCUGUUGACACAACUACUCGGGAAAUCGAAAAGGAUAAAUUGCUGAAGAAGACGGACACGACAGAGGGUCUUUUGCGAAAGGCAAAGGCCACGCCAAAUUUCCCAUCGACCACAGCAUUCUACCAGCAAGCUCGCAAGGAUGAGGAUUCUGAGUUGACACGAAUGGACGAGACUAUCACUAAACACCAAGCGCACUAUCGCCAGCUAGAAAAUUCUCUCAAAACCAAAUGGGUGCCUUUGCUUCUGCGCAACAAUUCUGAUUCAGACGAGAAGAUAAACAGACUACAGGAUGAGAUUCGGGCGCUCAAGAAGAGAGUGGGUGAUUCGGAAUCAGAUGCGAGUCGCGAGAAAUAUCAAUUGCUAGAGACCAAGAUAAAGAUGCUUCAGGAUCGUGUCGUCCUACUCGAGAAGAGUUCCGGCAACCAUGCCACUUCUAUCAACGCUCAGAUGAGAUACGAAAAGGAGACUAAGGAACGCGUUGAUAAACUCAGUUCAGAUAUCGCUCAAUUCCCCUCUCAGGAAACCGUACUGAAACACUUCUCUUCGGAAGUUGAGGAGUUGAAAAGAAUUACAAUGACCUUGGAUGCCAAGCUGAGCUCUUUGCAAAAGGCUCAGGAAGAAUAUUCGGGUUCUCUCGAAAGAUUAAACAAAAGUAUUGAUGCGCAGCAGGAACGUCUCGAUGCCAGCGACGAUACUUCCACUACUUUUGAGAAGAAAUUCAAAGAUAUCCAUGAGCGUCUGGCCCCGAUAGAAAAGGUCCAGAUAACUCCGCCGGAGGCUCCAGCUACAGUUCGAAUUGACGCACCUAAUAUCGAGUUGCGUUUAAAGAAUGUUGAAAACAAUCUAUCCAAGAUUCCCAGACCUGACUCAUCCUUGCAGUCGAGAGUCCAGAAUUUGUCGGAAAGACUCCAGCAAUUACAAGACCUUCAGGUGAUGAAAGACGAGCUUCAUUUCGCAGAAAUGGAGGAGAUUAAGAGGUCAGCCGUGGAUAAAGCCGAGAUACAAUCAUUGAAAGACAGUUACAGCCGCCUCGCCGACGAAACUCGGAGAAUAAGCCAGUUGGACCGUGCAGAUCAAGCUGAGAUACAGUCAUUGAAAGACAGCUACAGCCGCGUCGCUGGAGAAAUACAGAAGAUGAGCCAGUCGGACCGUGCAGCAGCCGUGGAUAAAGCUGAGAUACAAUCAUUGAAAGAGCUCUCUGGCCGCCUCGCCGAAGAUAUACAGAAAAUGAGCCAGUGGAAUCCCGCAGCAGCCCUCCAGCAAAUUAACACGGUAGACCUGAAAAUCAACACAGUCGACGUGGCAUUAAAGAAUUCCAAUCGCUUACUCGAGAGUGUGCGCGUCAGCCUCCAUUCCCUGGAGACACGUUACAAUCAUCUUUCCACCGAAAUGGUCGUAAAGAACAUGGUUGUUGCCAUGCAAGAGAUGUACCCCUCCGCAGGCCAAUUGGCAGAGCAGAUCGCAACCUUGAAAAAUCAGGCUGAAAAAGAAAUAUCAUCUCUGAAAAAGACCAUUGAACAGCUUGUUCAGGCCCAAAAUAGUCAGACGGCUUUGGUAAACGGUCUCCAAGAUGACGUCGGCCAGCGCUCAGCAGAAGUAACCCAUCUCAGGGAAUCCUUUGGAAAGGUAGCUCAUCAGGUUUCUGCUCUCACAGAACAGCUAGAAGGUGCACGCGCUCUUCCAGACAAACUUCAGCAAUUACACGCCAACUUUGACUCUCUGGCCGAGCAAUAUCGAGAACAUGUCUCUGAAAUUAAGGACCAUAUUAAAGGCAAAGAGGCGGCCGACGGUCAAAACAGGAUUGAGUUAGAUGAAUCCUUUCGCGAACUGAAAGACCAGGUCCAAAAUUUAUCCAGUGGCCUCAACCAGAUGAAAAUCGCGAUGAAUGAAAUCACCUCAAAUAAAAAGGAUUUGCAAUCCCUCGAUGAUCGCUUCCGCCGCUUUGAGGAAUCCGUGUCGGCCGAUCAUCGGGGCUUGUCAGAGCAGAUUAACGCGCUCAAAGAUUCUUUGGAAUCUCAGAAAUCCAUAGUGCAGGCGCUAGAUUCUCUCCCAGAAAGUGGGAUGCAGUCCCCCAAGCGAGAAGAAAGCCCUGUAGGAUCAGAUGUCGCCCCACUCCCAAACUAUGCUGAGAUGGCCGAGGCCAAUCCUGCGCUGGCAUUGCGCGAGAAAAAGAAAAAGAAGAAACGACCACGUCCUUCAACCAUAUCCGAUGAUGAAAAUGAGAGGUCAUCUGGUGCUAGAAUGGAGUCUCCCAUGACAGUCUCUUCACCAGCUCAUACAUUGGACAAUGAAGACGGGCCCUCAGAGAGCAAGAGAAAGUCCAAGAAGAAGAAAAAGCGCAGGUUGAUCACGGAGGGACCCAUCACCAUAGACUAG